AAUAUUUGGCUUUGUUCCCUUCUUAGUUAACUAUUACAUGUAACAGCAAAAAGUUAGUUUCCGUUUUCAAUAUCGAAUCCUCAUUAAUUUUUAACAGCAUACCUGAAAUUCUCCGUGCACCUUUUUAAAACGGUGUAUGUCUGCAUACGCAUUUUUAUCAUGAGGUUGGGAAUACUUUUCAUGUGGCUUUUUUCUGCAUUUUCAAGAACGAAGCAAUGCGAAAAUUUCCGGUACACGAAGGACGUGCCUCCGGCGAGUUCCUUCCAGGUAAUUUCUAACGUUUCCGCCGCUUCUCUAGAGUAUCUUUAUGCGAUGUGUACGGCAGACUGUUUCUCCCACAUCGAGUGCAAUGCUAUCGAUGUCUGUGGGACGUUCUGUCGGCUGAUUCGGGGGUGGGAUUCCAUUUACACGGAGGGAAACACUUCGGAGCAGUGCCAGCGGUACCAAGUCGAAUGUGGUCAAGGGGAAUUUUACGACCGUGUAUCAAAGACAUGCGUUUCGCACGAUUACUGCGACUUUGAAUCAGAUUCGGAGCCAUCCUGCUUUUUGGCUGAGGACAACACCGACGAUGGUGAUUGGAUAAGAAACCAGGGUGCCACGCCCACAUCGUCCACGGGUCCCAGCAUAGCCAAAUUCGGCAGUUACUACAAGUACGUGGAUACCGCUACCCUGAACACGGACAAUGAAGUAACUCUAGUUAGCACAAAGACUUUCACCGCAAGGCCCCACUGCCUGACGCUGUACUACCACAUGUUUGGGGCUCAUACGGGGAACUUGUCAGUUCUAGUAACCAACGGAACAUCCCCUGGGGAAACCAAGUGGACCGUCUCAGGUGAAAAUCAGGACAUCUGGAAACAGGUGGUCGGCAUUGACCUUGACCUGGAUCCGCAAACGCAGAUACUGAUCACAGCCAGGAAAGACAAUGGCACUAUGGGCGAUAUAGCUGUAGACUUUAUCGAGUUGUGGCCAUAUCGAUGUUGAAAUUGGAUCCAGAUGGAACAUAUUAAUCACUUAUUGAUUCACUUAAACUCUCUCUUGUCAGUUUACACUUGGACAAAAUUUUAAUAAAACUCGAAAUAUUGAUUGAUAUUGUCGCAGAAAUGAGUGAUAUGCUUGUCUACAUAUAUGUUUUUAAAGAUUAUGCAAUGUAUCCCUCCCACACCCUCAACAAUUUUGAAAAUAAAUUUUACAAAUCUUA